CUAGUACUCUUUACCAUUAGUGACUGGAUAAGGAAUUACUUGAUUGAAUUUGUUGUGACUUUAUUAUUACAAGAUGAUUGAUGUUUCUCAAUGGAGAGCAAGUAUUGGAUUGUGGAACUGCUGUCAAACUGCCUCCAGUAGACAAGCUAAUGGCCACCACUCUCACUCAUUCAAAGAUGAGGCAAUAAACAGGAAGUCAGAAAAUACUACAAAGACAUUAAAAAUGCCAGCAGCUCUACUUGUCAUUGCUUUUCUCCUCCUCCUCUUUUAUUUUCUCUCUUUAUCAAGACACAUCUUGAUAAUUCCUCCAACAGGUAACUGCUACCAAGCACAAUGCAUUACUGGUGCUACUGUUACUAAUAAAAAUUACCUCCAGUCAGAAGUCUUACCUGGAAGCAGCAGUUCUAACCUGAUAUAUGAUGAUCUCUAUUUAAUUGUUUGUCUACGUAUGCUCCUCCUCUUAUCAGGAGAUGUUGAACUCAAUCCUGGUCCUAUGAUUGAUGAUCGACCUGAUAUUUUAUUGUUGAUUGAAUGGCUUGAACCACUUGUUGACUGGAAACCAUUUGGUUUACAUUUAGUUGGAAUUUCAAGGCAUGACGUAUUGAAAAUUGAACAAGAACAUGUACAGAUUGAAGACAGAAAGUUAUCAUUGUACUCAAAAUGGUUGUCAGUCAAUCCUAAAGCAACAUGGAGAAAUGUCAUAGAUGCACUGACUAGUACAAAAGAGAACAAAUUAAAACAAGAUAUUAAAGUUGCCAUAGAGAGAGUCUCUAAAGAGUCACCAUUAUCACCAAUAUCUGAUGGAGAUGUAGAAGUCAUACUAUUUCCAAAAGAAGAUCAAAAAGCUCAAGACUCUUUAAAUAAAUUGCAGAUAAAGUUUUCGCACAUCAUGACAAAAGUUAUAGCAGCUUUUUACAAAAGGGCAGUCAAAAAUUCUCGACUCCACUUCAAUAUAUCUAAUUGGGUAGAGAGUUAUCUUCACUGGGAGCAUGGUACAGUAGAUAAUGAUUUAGAUGAUGUUUUCAAAAAGAUCUAUCAUAAUUAUGAUUUUAUUGACUGUAGUCUGAUAGUUGCUAUGAGUGAUGAGUUUAUAGGCGAUGAAAAAGAUCUACUUGAUGAGUUGAAGGCCUACUCAUCAAAUGCUAAGGCAUUUCAUUCAUCAGAGCCAAUUACUGAGCUUAAACAAAAGCUACGUAAAGUGUAUGGACCAUAUCGAAGACGGUUAGAGAAUAUGCCUUUGAUCUGUAUUGAACUACAAAAUCCUUGGAAUGAUGUUACAAUUAGCGGACUAUAUAUUCUCAUUGGAAGAUUGAUUCCAAAAGAACUUAGGCAGUCACUGAUGAAAUGCAUUACUAUUGAGGAAGGAUCUGUUGUCAUCAAGCUACAUAUUCUUGACAUUACAGCUGAGAGUCUUGUAAAAUACACUGGAGGAAAGUUACAGUUUAUGAGACUCAUUGGUAUAUUUAGUUUGUACAUUAAUGAUCAUCCUGUCCUUCAAGAAGAUGAGAAUAUGAACUUUACCUUUGAACUUGCUCUCCUUAAGGCAGUCAGAGCUUGCAAUAAUGAAGCAGUAGAGUUUCUUCUUCAACUAGAAACUGUUAAUAUUAAUCAUAUUAAUAAUGAAGGCAAGACAGCACUAAUGUUAGCUUGUGAAAGAGGACAUGAGGAAAUUGUACACAAUUUACUUUCUGCUGGUGCUGAUUGCAGUGUUCAGAACAACAGUGGAUGGACUGCACUAAUGAUGGCAAGUGAACACAAUUAUAUUUCAAUCAUUCUCAUGCUAUUACAAGCUACUGAUCUAAAGAAAUCAAAUGGAUCAAAUGCUUUAAUGAUUGCUAGUUACCAUGGUAACUAUGAAGUUGUAGAGCUAUUGAUUAGUAGAGGAGUUGAUUAUGGAGUAAAUGCUUUUAUGUUAGCUUGUCAAAAUGGCCACACUAAAAUAGUUGAACUGUUCCUGAAGAAACAAGUUGAUCCUAUUGUUCAAAAAAAAGAUGGCUGGAAUGCUUUUAUGUUGGCUUGUCAAAAUGGUCACACUCAGAUAGUUAAGUUGUUGCUGGAGAAACAAGUUGAUCCUAAUUUUCAGAAGAAUAAUGGUUGGAAUGCUUUUAUGUCCGCUUGUAAAAAUGGCCAUGCUGAAAUAGUUAAAUUGUUGCUGAAGGAAAAAGUCAACCCUAAUGUUCAAAUGAAUGAUGGUUGGAAUGCUUUUAUGUCCGCUUGUAAAAAUGGACACACUCAAAUAGUGGAGCUGUUGCUGAAAGAACAAGUUGAUCCUAAUGUACAAAAGGAAGAUGGUUGGAAUGCUUUUAUGUUGGCUUGUCAAAAUGGGCACACUCAAACAGUUGAGUUGUUACUGAAGGAAAAAAUUGAUCCUAAUGCUCAGGAGAAAGAUGGUUGGAAUGCUUUUAUGUUGGCUAGCGAAAAUGGACACAUUCAAACAGUUGAAUUGUUGCUGAAGGAACAAGCUAUUCCUAAUGUUCAAGACAAAUAUGGCUGGAAUGCUUUUAUGUUGGCUUGUCAAAAUGGGCACAUUGAAAUAGUUCAACUGUUGCUAAAGGAACAGGUUGAUCCUAAUGUUCAAGAAAAAGAUGGUUGGAAUGCUUUAAUGAUAGCUUGUCAAAAUGGUCACACUCAAAUAAUUGAGCUGUUAAUGGAGAAAGAAGUUGAUCCUAAUGUUCAAAAUAACAAUGGUUGGAAUGCUUUAAUGCUAGCUUGUCAAUAUGGUCACACUCAAAUAGUUAAACUGUUAGUGGAACAAGUUGAUCCUAAUGUUCAAAGGAAUACUGGUUGGAAUGCUUUUAUGUUGGCAUGUCAAAAUGGACAUAAUCAAAUAGUUAAACUAUUGCUGAAGAAACAAGUUGCUAUUAAUGUUCAAAAUAAUAAUGAUAUCACUGCUUUAAUGUUUCCUAGUGCUGAAGGUGAAGGACAAUAUGAAAAUAUAGAAUGGGAAGCUAAUACAACUAUUCACUUCAGUGAUAGCUAUAGUGUAAUAUCAGUAUAGUCAAUACUGUAGUUUAAGUAAUUUCCUGUACAUUUUUUGCUACCAAAAAAAUUUUUCACACAUAA